UAACUUCCCUUAACUUUUCCCAUUCAUUUUCAAUGGUAGUUCUUAUCACUACGGAUGUAAUAUAUUUUUGGCCACACGUUGAUUCCAUGGCGCUGUAGCGGAGAUGCACCAAAAGCCGGUUUGGCACCCCGCGAUAAAACCCCAAAAAAAUAAAGGAGAAAGGAAGAUUCCAUAGCGCUGUUCCGAGAUUUGUUUUGUUUUUAAAACAUACAUUUUGAAUUGCCUCAGCUGUCUACCAUCCAGACGUCGGGUGACCCCGGGUAACCUCCGUCAUUUCAACUGAAAAAGCGCGAUUUAUCGAAAAGAAAAAUGGUACAAAACAUCAAUAUAUUAUGAAUAUCAUUUGAAUGGUUUGUAAAGAUAACUGUAGGAUCAAUGCAGAAACAUUAUGAUGAGUUUGUAAUCCAAACUGAGUGACAAAUUUAUCAUGUCUAUUGUUUGUUCAGUAGUCAAACACAAAGUAAAAUAAGGUCUUUUGGCAAAAAGUCAGCACAUCACACAAUUCGAUUAGAUUAGAUUAGAUUUGACCAGAUGUGUAUCUUUUCAAUAGUUGUAGAAUUGAAUGUUAGGUCGUCUUUAACAUGAAAUUUAUCUAGUCAUUCUUAAAGAAUCGAUUACCCUAUUUUUAACUUUACAGAACAUUAUGCAUAGCUAUGUAAAUGCUUUAUGUAUUUAUUUAUGUCAGUUGUUCAUAUCUAUGGGUACUACUCAGGCUAUCAGCAUGAAGCAAGCUAUUUUUUUCCCUGGGAGAAUCAAAGUGUCCUUCAGGAGAGGCCCAUCGGGUCAUUUACGUCGGGACCCAUCUGAAGAGGCGAGAAGGAUUAAAGACAAUCCUUCUUUGCAAGACAAGUCGACACCUCAAAGAGAAGAUGUGGUCAGGAACAAUGCCCGUUCCGUUGUAUUACAGAGGGGAGGGGAUGUUUCAGACAAGCAAGAAGUGUUAGGAGAAUACAUUCUUCAGUUUGGGAAGUACAAAGGGAAGUCCUUCCGGUGGCUAUUGGAGAAUGAUAUUGGCUACACUUUGUACUUGUCCAGUAAGGUUGAGGAGGAAGAACGGGCUGGACAGUUCAACCCAGAGGGUCCUUGCAAGGAUAGCCUCCUUUCCUUUCUUGAAUACUCAAGAAGCUUUAAGGAAAUUGAGGAUCUCCGGCGAUACCUUUCAGAGAGGCCAGACCCAGUACCAGUUUUGUCAGAGGAUGACAAUGUUGUUGGAUUUGGGGCACGAGCACAAGACACCUGGAGGAAGAUCUGGAAUACCAGAGCUGAUGGGUAUGCUGCCUUUAUAAUGGGGAAGAGCUGUGUUCCAGGAAGUAAAAUGUACCGCUUGCAGCAAUAUCUUUUAAAGCAGCAAAGACAGGUGACCACAGCCCCUUCUGCUACACCUUCACCCUCACCAUCAACUCCCUCUGCACCUUCCACUUCAUGCCUUUCCUCUGAUCAUCCAGGUGAGUAAACAACAUUUAUAUCUGUUUCUACUGAUCCCUACAGUCUACUGAUGCAUUUGUUUCAUUUCACAGUAAUGGAGGAGGAUGAGGAACUGGAGAAGAUGAUGCUGAGUCUGUCUCCACCCAAAUGUCCUACACAGCAGAGGUCACCCACAGCCACUGCGUGUCCAGUCUUCUCUGCAGCAGGAGGUUAUUUUCCACAUCAGUUUUGGAGGCUUAUCCUAUUACCCACAGUUUUUUCCUCCAUAACUGUUUUUAAUACAUUUGUUUAUUGUUUUGGCAGUGUUCUUGCCUGUUCUAAAAAUUGCGUUCUUUUGUUCUACUAACUAAUGUUAAAGGUUGAACAUACCGGUGAUGAGGGUGAGUGCACUUCAUGAAUUUUAUGCAUGCUAUUUAAUAUGUGUGUAGUAUCUCCUCAAAAUUGUGCUUUACCUGUUUUUUUUUUAAGAGUACACUUUCAAAUUAGGAUCAAUUGGUGAUAAUUUUAAGUGUUUAAAUAGUCAGUACAUCUCAAUCAUAUAAGUGAACAUUAUAAGAACUUGCUUCAAUGGAAUGUUUAAAUAAAUAUUCUAUUGAUACAAGUUCUAACUGACAGAAAAGACAGGUAAAGAUGUCUCCUACAUGUCAUUUACAUGAAUGUUUUGUUAAUUUUUAACUUGUUGGUCCAUGCAGUUCUGCCACAGCCACCAUCAAGACCACAUGCGGUCUGCCAUCCUCACACACCACCACCUCCUGUGCCUAGCACUUCCUCUCAGUGCAAAUCCCCUGCAUCACUGCCCCGAGUACCACCACCAGCUGUGCAGUCAGUACCCGCAGCACCUCUACCAGCUGCUCAGUCAGUACCUGCACCAGUGCCCUCCACACAGACAGGAGUCCCUGUGUCCAGUGACAUGCAAGAUAUUAGCCGCUGGAACUGCUCCUGCCAUCAAAAAAUCUGGAUGAAAACAGAGAUGGAAGCCCUGGGGCUCUGGCCAGGAUCACGACCGGUGAGACAGCCUAUGAACAUGGUUUCCUUGUGGCGUUAUCCUCCUCAGCCUGAGCUUGUAGAAACCAACACAGGCCUGCCAUCACCAAAAUACUUUCAGCUCCAUCCCUUCUUUAUCUGGAAACCGGAGCACAGUAUAAUGCAAAGGCUAAGAAACAACUACAUCCUGCCUUGUCUCUACAGCUGUCCAAACCCUCAGGUUGUUUCCUCUGGUGUGGGAAGGCCCAGAGUGAUUCUUGGUACCAGCGGGCAAUAUUACAUCCUUUCCUCUCGACUGAGCUGUAAAGCAUGUAAAAAAUACUGGUUCGCUGAUAAACCCCAGUGGCUAGACAUGCUGCCAAAGCGGUUCUGUAACGUCUUGCCAGCCUUCCUCACCCAUAAGAAGGCCAUCUGUAAAACAGUGAUGGAUGAACUGCGGCGCUCUGGUAAAUCACCUAAUGAUAUGGCCAACCAGCUGUCUGAGGUGCUUCACCUGAAGUACGAAAGAGCCCACCUAGCCUACCUGCUCAGCGUGCAGAACAUCAGGGAUGCUGAGGCAGGGCUGUAUGGACAGAUGACCAUCACUGGGGCACUGAGGACGGAUGACACACCAGCACCGUUUGGGGGUUAUGAGGACACUGAUGGGUGGCGUGGGGUGUCUGUGACUGCACACUAUCUUGUGGAGUGCCUUCUUCAAGAAUAUCAGCGGCAGGAGGCAGCUCUCACUCAGGUCCUACAAGGCACUUUUGGACAGGUGUUCAGGUCUGAUCACACACGCAAAGUUGCUAGAAAAGUGACGCUCGCAUCUGGUACAAUGUCAUCCUAUGCUGUGAUGAAUGAGAACUGGAUGAUCCUGUCCUGGGUGAUGCUGCAGUCUGAGAGUGAGCAGUCAUUAGAGUCAAUGUACUGUGGGCUGGCCAGUCGCUAUAGUGCUGCUGCUAUCCCCAAGGCCAAGUACCAGUGGGUGGACAGGGACUGCUGUGCUGCUUUUAGAGUCAUGGACCCAGCACCUUAUGAGCACCUGCAGUGGGAUGCCUGGAGGACCACUGAAGCCAUCGUGGCAGAGGUUACCGCAGGGAACCUCAGGAAUUUAUGUGCCUCUUGUCUGAAGUACAAUGAGGACAUCAUUGUAAAGCUGGACUUGUUUCACUGCAUGCGGCGGUUCACCAGGGAGUGUGUGUCAGAACACCAUCCUCUGUAUAGCUCUUUCUGCCAUUUCCUCUCUGCUGCCUUCUCUGUAGUGGAUCAGAGUGACCUGGAGAAACUGAAAAAUGCAUACAGAUUCUGUGGUAUUGAGCCUGCUAAUCCCACCAAGCAGCAUAUCAGAGAGCACUGCAGGACAAAAGUUCCACAUCCCAGAGAGCUGGUCCAGAGGGUGGAAGAGGUGCUUCAACAUUUCCAUCUAGCAAAGGAUCCCAACAACAUCCUCCUUUUUAAACCCUCAAUGCUAAAGGUCUGGUGGAUUCAGCGUGUACACAUCCUUAGGGGCUGCCUGAGUGACCCUGAGGUGGAGGAAGGAAUCCUCUACAGACAUGGGGGGAUGUUACAGCUCAAUCAUGUAAAGGGUGAAGGAGCUGCUGUGCCCAUUUGGAUCCCUGUCAGAGGCACCUCACAGCAGGAGGGGUUUCAUUUCCACCAAGCUCAGUGGGUAACAGGCAAUCGUGUCUCUCCUGAACUGUUCCAGGCACAGGGAAUGACUGGGGUGGCACGCUGGAAUUAUCAGCGGCUGGUGGACCUGAAGCAGCCGGGGGUUGUCCUACCUGCAGUGUUUGACCCUGUGUUACUGAUGGAGUUAAACAGGGCCUCUGUGAGAGUGACAGGGCAGCCCAAAUAUCCAGCCUUGCACAUCUCCAGCAGGGACACAGGGGAGAAGUUUGGCCUACAGUAUGUGGAGCCAGGCUGCCGACCAGUGCCUCUUGACUUUGACAAACAUAAGUGCAAGAAGUCCACCCUAGGAGAUGUGGAGAUUGAAGAGGAGUCUUCAUCUGGCUUUGAGUCAUCAAUUCCAUCUAAGGAAUGGUUAGAUGAUUCCUCUUCUGCUGAGACCCCUCUUGCUGCAGAGCCAGAAACCACCCCACAGAUUGUCUCGUUUCACCGAUUUUCCACUCCAAGUCCUGUGACAGUAAAGGAACAAAGGUCUGAGGAAUUUCUGUCAGAUGCAGAACUGCUCAGGACACCACCACUGCCUAUAGCUGCUUCUCCCCGUGCAGCUCGCACUGGACCCAUUAAGACAGGUGGUCGAGUCUUUGUCUUGGACCACAACAGAUGGACGGACCCAAUGAGAAAUGCCAUCGAUGGUCUCCUGGCCAAGCACCAUGGGAGCAAGGAUCUCCUUAAAAGGGUGGAUGCUGAUUAUGCUGCUAUGGUACAGAGUGCCUGCACUGACCCCAACAGCCUUCUGCACUCAACCACGAAACAGCACAUAAACAGGUACAUAAAAUACCUUGCUAAAAAAAAAAACACAAAUGCCUCUCUCAACACCAGCCCAGAAAAGCUCCUAGAGACACAACAGUUAUGGAAGCGUCUUCACUCAGGCAGCGAAACCAUCAGUGUCCCAGUGACAGUACUGCCACCUGCUCCGUUCAAUCCACCUGCAAAGAGUGUUCCUGAAGACGUUCCUCUGACCCAGGCAGCAGUUGAGAAGAUGGUUAAAGACAUCCUAGAGAAGCACCAGGCAGCACUGCAGCAACAACAGCAGACACAAAAAAAAGCCCAAAUUAGAUCCUGUUUAGCUUGUGGUCAGCCAAAGUCUCGUUACCUGGGUGAUGGCUCCUCUGUGCAUUUCUUUUAUCAGGCUGGUGAAGUGAAAUACUUCUACUGCUCCAAGAAAGUCUUUGACACAUACUCUGCUGAGGGCCUGACCAACCCCCGGAUGCCAUUUGAAGAUUUUGCAGACACUCCCUUCUUUCAGCGGGAGCUGGAGGCCUCUAAGCAGAGGGGGGCAGAGAGGAAGAGGGUGAUUGAAGAGAGAGGCAAGAGGAAAUCAUUAGUGGAGCAUCCUUCUGGUCGUCUGUGCAGGUUCUGCCACCAGCCGCUAAAACAAGGUCCAAAUAGUCCUCAUAUCCACACUGGUUUCCCUGGAGUGGCAGGCAAAUACAUUUACUGUCCUGCUAAAGUGCUCUCCCUGUAUCAGGCGCAGGGAACGAAUGCACAGAUGACAUGGACAGAGUUUCAGCAGUCCCCGUUCUAUGAGGCUGAGAGGCAGAGGUGGAUUGUUGAAAAGAAAAAAUAACUUUGUUGUGAAACACAGCAUUUAAGGUCUGUGCAUGUUCUGUGCUCUCUCUUUCUCUCUCUCUUGACCAUUGUGGAAUUGUGUAUAGACAUCAUAAGUUAUUUGUCUUGUGUAUUUAUAAAUGUGUUUUAUAUUGCUUGUAUUUGUACAUUUUUUAAAAACUCUUAGUCCUUAUUUACAAUACAUUUUCAACACCUUACUAUAACACACUAUGUAUAUAUUCUUUAGAUAGUUAUUUUAAUUUUGACAAACUGUGAAUUUCAUUCUCCUUUAACAGAUAAUUUUACACAUUGAAAGUGUAUAAAAAUAGUAAAUGUUGAAAAUGCCUCUUUAAAAAGGUUACAUAUUAUAACUAUGUAACAUACAAUACAAUAAAAUAUACUAAAACAUGAUCAAAACAUUAAAAUGUUGUAUGGUGUUUUCAUUUUUAAUAUAAAUAUCUAAAUAUCUGAAACCCAUAUGAGGAUGGGUUCUCUGUUGAGCCUGGUUCCUCUCAAGGUUUCUUCCUAUCACCAUCUCAGGGAGUUUUUCCUUGCCACCGUCGCCCUGCUUGCUCAUCAGAGACGGCACACACACACACUUCACUUUACUUUUGUUUGUGUAAAGCUGCUUUGAGACAAUGACCUUUGUAAAAAGCGCUAUACAAAUAAAAAUGAAUUGAAUUGAAUUGAAACAUUUACUAAUGACGAUGUCCCCAUCGAUAAUUGUUUAUUAAUGAUCAUUUUUACAUUUUGCACACCUUACACAAAGAAAACUCUUAGCAAAUGACUUAUUUUUGUACUUCAUAUUAUUUUAAUAUGUUUAUCAUAUUUUAGGGACUCUACAUUAAAAAGAAGUGAAAAUCACUUUUUGGCUAAGGUGGGAUUCGAACCGCUGUUUUUAUGGGGAGG